ACGAGCAGCAACUUCCGUUCUUUUUGAUCGUGAAGUGUAACCAUGGCGGUCGGCAAAAAUAAGGGUGUCUCUAAAGGAGGCAAGAAAGGUUCGAAAAAGAAGGUCGUGGAUCCGUUCACGCGCAAGGACUGGUACGAUGUGAAGGCGCCGAACAUGUUCAAGAACCGGCAGGUCGGCAAAACGCUGGUAAACCGUACCCAGGGCACGCGCAUCGCUUCCGACGGUCUGAAGGGCCGCGUGUUUGAGGUGUCGCUGGCCGAUCUCCAGAACGAGCCCGAUGCGGAGAGAUCUUUCCGCAAGUUCAAGCUGGUGGCGGAAAGCGUCAAUGGCCGCGACGUUCUUACCAACUUCCACGGUAUGGACCUGACGACCGACAAGCUCCGAUCGAUGGUUAAGAAAUGGCAAACCCUGAUCGAGUGUUCGGUCGAUGUAAAGACCACCGACGGUUUCAUGCUGCGCGUGUUCUGCAUCGGAUUCACCAUCAAGGAUUCGAUGUCUCAGCGCAAGACCUGCUACGCGCAACACUCGCAGAUCAAAAACAUCCGCGCCAAGAUGACGGCAAUCAUCCGACGUGAGAUCACCAGCACCGAUCUGAAGGGUGUCGUAGAGAAGCUGCUGCCGGAUUCGAUUGCCAAGGAUAUCGAGAAGGCGUGCCAGGUCGUGUACCCGCUGCACGAUGUCUAUAUCCGCAAGGUGAAGGUGCUGAAAAAGCCGCGAUUCGAUCUGGCCAGUUUGAUGGAACUGCACGGCGAUGGUGGUGGCAAGGCUGCGGAAGUGUCGACCGGUGCUGCGUCCGGUGUCGUCGUCGACCGCCCAGAAGGCUACGAACCACCAGUACAGACGUCCGUUUAAGCAUCUGUCGGAUGG